AUGACACCCCUCAAUGCCAAGGUAAACACUCAUCUGUGUCCAAAAAUGCGCAUUCGUCUGAAAUACCGAUGGGUUCCUGAUCAACAGCCUGUAAACAAGAGUGAGGUAGAAAGGAGGUCCGAGGGUCACCGAUUAGAGACGGAACGAAGGCAGCGAAUGUCGGAGGUAGAGAGCGAGGGGCAAGAGGCUGGGGAGGUGCAGGAGGAGAUCUCAGCAAGAGGGAUGGAAAAGGACUGGAGGCAAAAAGGAGAACUUCAGGCGUCUGGGGGACAGCCCUCGGUACCCGUGCGCUUGUGCAACGUGCAGCGCGAUCAAGCUCCUGCUAAGCGCACGUGCACCUCGCUCGCAGGCGGGGUGAGCCCUGCGCCCUGCCGAGCUCCGGGGCUCGGCUCCGUCCCGGCGCCGCUGCCAGCCCGGGAAAAGGCGGAGGGAAAGCGCCGUGCCCUCGGCGGCAGCCGGGUCCCCCCGGGAAAAGAGCAGGUUUGCAGCAGCGUUUUCCAGGCAAACAAAGUGGGUGAGGGCUCGGCCUCCGCUCGCUGCUGCUCCGAAACCCUCGUAGGCAGCGAGUUGGAGAGCGGCGCUGCGGAUCCUGAAGUUGCCACACAUGGAGGUGAAAACUCAUCUGGAAGAUGUCUGUUGACUCUGCUGGGUCUAGCCUUCAUCUUGGCAGGAGUUGUUGUCGGUGGAGCCUGCAUCUACAAGUACUUCAUGCCCAAGCAUAAGGUGUACCGUGGUGAAAUGUGUUACUUUGAAAAUGAAAAUCGUGAUCGUGCGGUAGAACCUUAUUUCCUUCCUAUUGCUGAAGAAGCUGACAUUCGAGAAGAUGAUAACAUAGCCAUCAUUGAUGUGCCCGUUCCAAAGUUCUCGGACAGUGAUCCAGCAGCAAUCGUUCAUGACUUUGAUAGGCUUUUGACGGCCUAUCUUGACUUGCAACUGGGUAACUGCUACGUGAUUCCACUGAACACAUCCAUAGUUAUGCCGCCAAGAAAUCUGAUGGAUCUCUUCGCAAAACUGGCGACUGGCUCUUACUUGCCUCAGACCUACCUAGUCCGUGAAGAAAUGGUGGUUACAGAGGAGAUAGAUAAUGUGUCUGACUUGGGUAUCUUCAUCUACCAGCUCUGUGUUGGAAAAGAGACGUUCAGACUUCAGCGCAGAGACCAGAUAACGGGUCUGCAGAAACGUUCAGUGGAGAACUGUCAUUCAAUCAGACACUUUGAAAACUCUUUCGUUGUUGAAACAAAGAUCUGUCAACAGUGAAGGGUGUCGGAUGGGAGGUGACUAGUUCACACCUUCAUUGAGAAGUCUGAGCAUUAGACGUCGACUUCUUAAGUUAAAAUGUGCAGUGAUAAUCAAAAGCCUUAUGCAUUUUCUGUGUAUUGCUUGUAUUUCAGAAGACACAGUCACCAUUUCAGCUUUCUUUGAUCCUUGGUAUAACUUUUUAGUUGUCUCAUGUAAGACUUAAAUUUAAGUAAGGUUUGUUGUUUUUUUAGAAGGUUAAUAUCAGUUUAUCCGUUGAAUGUGUUUGAUUUAGUGUAAUCUGGGAAUGGCGGAAAAAUAUAUAUAUAUAUAUAUAUAAAAAUGUUAACCUUUUCCUUGGCUGGAACCAAUUUUGCUCACCUUAACUUUCACAGACUGAUUAAUAUUAAUAAUCUGUGGUUUGCACAUUUUGUGUAGUUCUGUAGAAUAGCUCUGCACUCCGUAUCCUGGCUAAAAAAACCUUCUAAUGCGUAUCAUUAAAGGUUUAUUUUAACUACCAUGUGUGAAGCAUGUAAAAUCCAACCUCAGUGAUCAUAAACCUCUAACACUACCCUCUUUCAUUUUGUGCAAUUACUGUAUUGAAUUCGUAUGUAUAUUUGGAACCUUCCCCAAGCUUAUGUUUAAUUCUUCUACCUUUGUUUGGUUUUGUGGUAUUUGGUUGUUAGAUUCGGAUAGAGUUGCUCUUAAAGCUUGUCAGUAUUUUUGGUUAUGAAUUAGUUUAUCCUGUAACUUCCUAUUUCAAGAAUCUAUUCUGGUAUAGCUCACUUGUGAAUGUGACUGUAGCUGUAAACUUAAACUACUCUGGCUUAUAUAAACUUUUUAGAUCAACUUUUUAUGAGCAAGUAGCAUUACUACUGCAGUCAGAGCAUUGUUCCUUUUUUUGAAAGCUGCGGUAUAAAGAUAAUGAAGAGUUAGUGUCCUGCAGUUGAUGAACUUCAGAGUUUUAUUAAGGGACUUUAUAUUGGCAUAAAUUCUGCAACCCUAUAAUAAAUGUUUCUCUAAAA